UUCAUCUUUGACGUUUCAUUUGACGCCGAGUGACGCGGAUAUUUAUGUUUGUUGUGAUAAUUUACCUGUUACAUAAAGUUUUGUCAGAGAAUGCAAAGUAUUAUACCUGUAAACAUGUUACGGAUUAUUAUAUGCAGUUUACUUUUGUCACUAAACAUUGAGACAGUGUCAUCUAAAACAAUUGAAAGACCACCAACAGAUUAUGUCUGCCCCGAAGUUAGAUGUAGUGAAGAUUGUCUACGGGGAUACACACAUGAUAUUAAAGGCUGUAAUACUUGUGACUGUAAAUCUUCAUCAUUUCAAACUGAAGUUGACAAAUGUCCAAAAAAUUCUAAAUCAAAUAUAGAAUGUCCCGCUAAGCAAAGUCAUGGUUGUGAUUCUGACUACGACUGCGCGGGAGGAAAGAAGUGUUGCACGUUCGGAUGCACUAGGAAGUGCAUUAAUCCAAAGCAUGGACCGUUGAUAUAUCCACCGGCGUGCGGACGAGGAGCGUGCUUGAUAUCAUGUCCGUACGGAAAAGUUGUAGAUAGACGUGGCUGUGAAACAUGCCGCUGUAAACCUAAACCUAGACCGAUACCUUAUCCAUGUCCAAUGAUUAUAUGUCCAUUUAGACAUUGUGACCAUUAUCCGGGUGGUGCUCCAUCAAAAGAUAGAUAUGGAUGUCCAACGUGUGGAUGCCAUUAAUUUAUUACAAACAGUAUACAUAUAUCGUUGAAAAUUUAUUAUUC